GCUGUCCACCACGGCUCUGCCGCUGCGCAGCAUCACGCUCCAUAACACUCCAUCCACGGGCCCCCCGCCACCGCUCGCUGGCCUCCUCCGCGUGGCAGCGCGCCCAUGCGAGCCGACCCCUGCACUGCGACCUGUUGGCCCUCAAACACGCUCGCCGUCUGGGCGUGGGGAGCGGUGCAGCACAUGACGAACCCGGCCUGGACUGUGCGCGCCAAGCUGCUCUUCCAGAAUCCCCGGCCACAGAGGCUGACUCGCUGCAAGUCGUCGCGCUGCUCCGGCACAGCGACCACGCUCACUGCGAAUCGCCGCGCGCACACAAGGAGCUGAGUAGUCUGUCGCCGUCGCCGCCGCCGCCGCCGGCCCUGUCUUGCGUGGUUGCGCCGGCCCAGUUUUGUCUCGC